AUGACUACUCCUCAGCAGCAAUCAUGGUGUGGUAAAGAUUUUAAGCCCAGGGUAUUUAAAAAACAUCCACCCACAGUGUGCUAUGACAAGCCGACCGCAGCUCAAGUAAACAAAUCCGAAUACGAUGAUAUGCGUUUCCAGGCACUGAUGGGUGACGUGGUGGAAUCGUUGAUUGUACCCAAACGUUCCGCGCGAACAUGGACAAUGCAAAAAGGUGAUUUGUGUCGAGUCACCGUGUGUGAGGGUUCUCAGGUGGGUGAUUUGAAUUUUUGGAAUUUGAAAAAUACCAAAGAGCGGUUCUAUUCGGGUAAAACACGACAAUUGCAUAGUACUCACCUGAAGGUGUACGAUCGUCUGUGGAGUUGUAUGCCAUAUUUAAGGCCAAUGGCCACUUUUGUUUUUGAUACAUUGUCGAAAUAUGGCAUUGAUGAAGAUGGUGGUUCACUGCACGAUGUGGUGGGUACUCGAUGUGAUGAUUAUACAUAUAAACUAAUUACGGGCAAAGAUCGUAUUGGUAGCUGCCACAGUAGUUUGGUGAAGGCAGUGGUCUCGGAACGUGGCAUGACCGAGGAGGAUGUACACGAUGUCUGGAAUAUAUUUAUGUGUACUGGGUUUACAAGGGACACCCAACAGUAUUUCUGCAAACCCAGUCCAGCCCAAAAGGGUGAUUUUAUUGAAUUUAUUGCCGAUAUGAAUCUUUUGGUGGCCCUAAGUGCCUGUCCCCAGGGUGAUGUUUCCGUGGCGGUGGGUAAAGAAGUACCCGAUGAAAUUUGCCAUCCUCUCAAGGUGGAAGUUUUUCGAAAAAAGUAA